AUGGAGGAUAGGACGGCGACGACGGUGCAGCUGAUACGACCUGAUGUGGCGACCCUCAAGUACUCGCCGGUCCAGUCGCUCGAGUCAAUCGCGCAGGACGUCGGCCUCCGGGUGGAGGAUCUGAUCAAGAUGGACGCCAACGAGAACGCCUACGGCACUCCCGAAGAGGUGAAGCAGGCCAUCGUCGACGCCUUCUCCAAGCUCCACAUCUAUCCUGACCCAGACCAGGCGCUGCUCAAGGAGGCGCUCGUGCGCACCCUCCACCCGGGCUUCACGCCACAACAGAUCGUGUGCGGCGCUGGGUCCGAUGAUAUCUUGGAUAUGAUCACUCGCCUGCUGAGUCCCAAGGUCAUCCUGACGAGUACGCCCACCUUCGGCAUGUACUCCUUCCUGGCCAAGGUGGCGGCUGCCCGCGUGAUCGAUGUCCCGCGCAAGCCGCACACAUUCGAUCUGGAUGUGGACGCGAUCGUGGUCUCCAUUAGGGAGAAUGCGGUGCCGCUCGUGUUUAUCCCCUCGCCCAACAAUCCCACAGGAAAUGUGAUGAGCGAAGACGACGUGCGCAAGCUGUGCCAGGAAAAGUGUGUUGUGGUCGUCGACGAGGCCUACAUCGAAUUCGCAGACAUGCCGUCGUUCGCCGAUGGUUCUCUGCCCUCCGAAUUCCCCAACCUUGUCGUGUGCCGGACCUUCAGCAAGUGGGCAGGCCUGGCUGGCGUGCGGGUGGGCUACGCCGUCUCAACGAGUGCCAAGCUGGUGGAGGGCAUGAUGGCCCUCAAGCAGCCCUACAAUAUCAGCAUCCCCGCUGACGCCGCGGCGCGAGCGGCUCUCGCGCACCGCGAGAAGAUCAUGAAGACGGUCCGCCUCCUGGUGGAGGAGAAGGAGCGCCUCUUCGCACUCCUCUCCUCGCCCAUGUUCGCGCCCUACCUUCGCCCCGUCCCCUCCAAAGCCAACUUCGUUCUCUGCGAGAUUUUGCCGAGCGCGGCGUUGAGCGCGGUGGAGGUGGCGCAGGGGCUGAGGAAGCGGGGCAUCCUCAUCCGCUACUUCGGGAGCCAGGGCGGCGCCCUCCAGAACUACAUCCGCAUCUCGUCCUCGCUGCCGUGGCACACCGACCGCGUCAUCCACGCCCUCGCCCAGCUUCUCCUGCCGCCCGCCGUGGCGGAGAUCAUGGGUGACUACCGGAUCGAGGGGAUCCUCUUCGACAUGGACGGAGUGCUCGCUGACGUGUCCGCCUCCUACCGCCAGGCGAUCAUCCUCACCGCCAAGUACUUUGGUGUGGAGGUCUCGGGCGAGGACGUGGCCAAGGCCAAGGCCGCGGGCGACGCCAACAACGACUGGAAGCUCACGCGUCGGCUCAUCGAGCAGGCCAAGCCCGCCGACCAGGUCGUGCCCAGCCUCGACGAGGUCACGGCCAAGUUCGAGGAGUACUACCAGGGCACGCCGGAGAACGCCGGGCUGUGGACCACCGAGAAGCUGAUCAUCGACAAGAGCCUGCUCGAGAAGCUCUCCGCCAAACACCCGCUGGGCAUCGUCACCGGCCGGCCGCGAUCCGAUGCUCGCAAGUUCCUGGAACACUACGGGAUCGGCUCCUAUUUCAAGGCCGUGGUGUGCAUGGAGGACACACCCAGGCCCAAGCCCGAUCCGGCCCCCGUGGCCCACGCCCUUCAGCAGCUGGGCGUGUCGCGCGCCGUCCUCAUCGGCGAUACGGUGGACGACAUUCGUGCGGCGACUGGCGCGGGCAUCAAGGGCCUUGGCGUGGUGGCUCCUGGUAUGAACCCUUUGUCAGUUCCUGUGGUGGUGAUCGAACUCGACCAAUGCUGA